GAAUCUUCAGGUCACAAAGAUGAAGAAAAAACUUCAUUAGCCCAACUCAACUCCAUGUCUCUUUCCAACCUGGUUUCUUGCUUUCUCUUCUCUCUUUUAAACCUAUCGAAUCAUAUACACAAACUAUAUUAUGUAUUUAUUAUUAUUAUGUGUUUUUUCCUCUUUAUAGAAGAAUAAAUAUAGGAAAGUUAAAGACUUUACACAGCACUUUCAUUUCUUGAACCUGGGAAAAAACAGAGCAAAAAUCAAGAAACUAUGUCAGUGAGAUUCAUAACCCACCAAUUAUUUUUCAGUGCAGUUCAAUCAGGAGACUUGAAAUCACUUAAAGAAAUCAUAAAAAAUGAAGGGCUGGACUCAGAUCAUGCAGUUGAUGCUUCAGUUUGCUCAGGGCUAAUGGAGCUACAGAGUGAUAAGGGUGAGACUGCUCUGUAUAUAGCUGCUGAGAAGAAUCAUGAGAAAAUGUUUAUUUAUUUGCUCCAGUUUUGUGAUCUCAAGAUUGUUAAGAUCAAGUCUAAAGCUUCUGGUUUGGAUGCUUUUCAUGUUGCUGCUAAGCAUGGGCAUUUAGGGAUUGUGAAAGAACUUUUGGGAUUGUGGCCUGAGCUUUGUAAAUCAUGCAAUGCCUCAAACACUAGUCCUCUGUAUUCUGCUGCUGAAAAGAACCAUUUGGAGGUAGUAAAUGCCAUAUUAGAUGCCGAUGUGAGCUCGAUAAGGAUAGUAAGAAAUAAUGGAAAAACUGCGCUGCAUAAUGCUGGAAGAUAUGGACGCCUUGGUGUGGUUAAAGCACUUUUAGACAGAGAUCCUGAGAUUGUUUCCAUUAAGGAUAAGAAAGGUCAGACUGCACUUCAUAUGGCCGUAAAAGGUCAAGAUACUUCUGUCAUAGAGGAUAUACUGAUGGCUGAUCAUACAAUAUUAAAUGAACGUGACAAGAAGGGUAAUACGGCUGUGCACAUUGCAACGAGGAAAUGCCGACCACAGAUUGUAAGCCUUUUGCUGAGCUAUACAUCUAUCAAUGUCAACGCCAUUAACAAUAAUCAGGAAACUGCAAUGGAUUUGGCUGAUAAGCUCCAAUAUGGAGAAUCUGCUUUGCAAAUCGUGGAGGCUUUAACAGAGGCUGGUGCCAAGUAUGCUAGGCAUGUUGGCCGGCUUGAUGAGGCCAUGGAGCUUAAAAGGACAGUAAGCGAUAUAAAGCAUGAGGUUUACUCUCAACUCAUACAAAAUGAAAAGACCCAAAGACGAGUUUCAGGUAUUGCUAAAGAACUCAAGAAAAUUCACAGGGAAGCUGUCCAAAAUACAAUUAAUUCGGUAACAGUUGUUGCUGUUCUAUUUGCCUCCAUAGCCUUCUUGGCAAUAUUUAACUUGCCUGGUCAAUAUUUUGCGGAUGGACCAGAAACAGGAAAAGCUUAUAUUGCAGGCAGUACUGCAUUUAGAAUUUUCUGCCUUCUGAAUGCUACUUCCCUCUUUAUAUCAUUGGCCGUUGUUGUAGUCCAGAUCACUUUGAUUGCCUGGGAUACCAGAGCACAGAGACAGAUUGUUUCAGUCGUAAACAAGCUAAUGUGGGCUGCCUGCAUUAGCACUUGCGGGGCUUUUCUGUCUAUAGCAUUCGUGGUUGUUGGCAAGGGAAGCUCGUGGAUGGCCAUCACAAUUACUGUAGUCGGAGUUCCUAUACUGCUGGGUACGCUUGUUAGUUUAUGCUACUUUGUUUUUAGGCAACACUUUGGAUGUUUUGGAAAUGAUUCUCCACGACGAAUCAAAAGGGCUAGCGGAAGUAAAUCGUUCUCAUGGUCUGCAUAUUCAGCAAAUAUCUCAGAUUAUGAUGAUGAGUCUGACCAUGACAGGGUAUACGCCUUAUGAUUCUGCUGUAGAUUACCGAUGCCAUAUGCUGUUAGCCUGGAUUCUUAAAGUUAUGGAGUGCUUAGGUUAACAAGGGUGAUCUCUUAUAUAUUUAUCAAAGAAAGGCAUUGUUUUCUGAGGAUUAGAUGCUUCCAACUAGGAAGCCUUGAAAACUUAUUGGUUUGACUUGAUUUUGACUAGUAAUUCUCCAAGAGAGAAAAAAAAGAGGACACUGAGUGUCUGAGUCCAGCCAGAUGGUCUCUUUUUAAGUUGCUCCUGUUCCUUCUACUGGGAAUUAGUAUUGUAAAUGUUUUGUAAAUGCAUAAUGCAAUGGUUGUUUCUCAAGUAAUGCAUUAUGGUGUUGAGGCCUUGUUAAAAGGAUGUAAAUAUAUUCAAGAGAUGAUCUUUUACUGUAUAGUA